CCCGGCUGUAUGUCAGAGGAUCUGACCACACUGAGAGCUUUCGCGUGCCGGAGGGAGUCCUUGGCGGGGCAGUUCGGCCUGCUGGGUUCCAGAGGGGCUCCUCUAGAGGGUUACUUCGGUCUGCAAGUGCUCAAGCAGUCUUCUCUUUCAGCUCCUCCCCGAUUCCCUCCCCCCUAACUCCCGAUUCCCAGCCUCGCGCGCGACCGGAGCCCACCCCCUCUUUUGGGCGCGAGGCCCCGCCUCCCGCCCCCUUUCCUCAGCCACAAAGUUUAUUUGCAACAAAAGGGAGCGAGGAGCUAGCAGCCAAGAGGGAGGGAGCGGGAGCCGGAGCGGGAGCGCGAGGGGAGGCAGGCAGGCCGGCUGGCGGGCACGGAGCCGAGGAGCAGAGCACUGGGAUCCUGCCCGGACCGGGCCGGGCCGCGAUGCUCCGAAUCGCACCGGCCGAGGAGGGGGCCGGUCCUGGGGGUCGGCGCUGAGGCGGGAGGGACCGCGCUGGAUGGAGCAGAUGCCGCCCGCGGCCUCAGAAACUUGAGCCGCAGCAGAUAAACCUCUGCUUGGGUCUCUGCGCCCUCUCCCCGCAAACCCCCUCACACUGCUGCUGCAGAACCCAGGCCUUCGGACCCCGGCUGCUGCGCUCCUUUCGCGGCGAGGGCGUGGGGGGGGGGGUUGGCCACGGCUCCCCGAGGCCAGCCCCCCCAGAGUGAGUGCUGCCACCAUGGCGGACGGGGCGCCCCGGCCCCCGCUCUAUCGCAGCGUCUCGUUCAAGCUGCUCGAACGCUGGAGCGGCGGGCCCGGACCGAGGGAGGAGGCCACGGACACCCCCGGGCUGCGGCGCCGCGCCUCGUGCCGGCCGGCCGCGACCGUCCCGGGCCAGCCCUCCCGGCGCGUGUCCAAACUGGCGUCGGGGCCCCCGGCCGCCCCCGCGCAGCCGCGCCCGCUCCGCAGCCUCUCGCCGUCCGUGCGCCAGCUCUCCCGGCGCUUCGACGCGCCGCGCCUGGACGACGACCACUCAGGGGCCCGAGACGGGGGCGUCUCCCCCGGGGCUGCGGAAGAAGCGGCGGAGGGUGCCGCGCGCGGGGCCUGGCCCAGCGUCACCGAGAUGCGCAAGCUCUUCGGAGGCCCUGGCUCCAGGCGGCCCAGUGCUGACUCUGAGGCCUCGGGAACGCCCAGCCCCGACGGUGCCGUGUGGGAGCCUCCGGCUCGGGAGCCCCGGCAGCCACCGACGCCACCUCCUCGGACGUGCUUCCCCCUGGCUGGCCUGCGUUCCGCGCGGCCGCUGCCCGGCCCAGGGACCGAGGGGAGGAGGCAGCGGCAGCAGCAGCAGCAGCAGCAGCAGCAACAGGAGCGGGCGCAGCGUCCGGCGGAUGGUUUACAUUCUUGGCAUAGCUUCUCCCAACCGCAGGCCGGGGCCCGGGCCUCCUGCUCCUGCUCCUCCUCCAUCGCCUCCUCCUAUCCUGUCAGCCGCAGCCGGGCUGCCAGCUCCAGCGAGGAGGAAGAGGAGGUCCCGCCGCCGCCGCCGCCCGGGGCUCAGAGUCCGGCCUACCACGGAGGCCACUCCUCGGGCAGUGAGGAGGACCAAGACGGUGAGGGUGGCCACCGCUGGGAAGGGAGGCCGGGACCCAGGCCUGGAAGCUCCUUCUUGGAUAAGGACUGUAGGCCACACAGUUAUGGGUUAAAUCUUGGCAGCAUGGACUCAGCAGGGGGAGCCAGGAGUCCUGAGCCCUCCAAAUCUCCAAGAGCCCCUAGUGAAGAAGGACCCCUGGAGUGGGGUACUGGCUCGCCUCCCUGUGUACCAGGUCCUCAGGAGGGACUCCGGCCCAUGUCUGACACUGUGGGGGGAGCUUUCCGCGUGGCCAAGGUGAGCUUUCCCGCAUACCUAGCCAGCCCAGCAGGCUCCCGUGGUAGCAGCCGUUAUUCCAGCACGGAGACCCUCAAGGAUGAGGACCCAUGGGCUAGUCGGGGUUCUGGGGGCUGGGGCAUGUAUCGCUCGCCUAGCUUUGGAGCUGGAGAAGGUCUCCUCCUAAGGCCCCAGCCUCGAACCCGCACCAAGGGACCUGUGGGCACCACGAGGGCAUUGCGAGAUGGAGGAUUGGAGUUGGACAAGAGUCGGCAGCGGAAGUCCCUGUCGAAUCCAGAUAUCGCCUCCGAGACCCUGACGCUGCUUAGUUUCCUUCGCUCCGACCUUUCAGAGCUGAGGGUCCGAAAACCCGGUGGGCGCCCCAAUGAUCUUGGGAGCAGCCCCUUGGAUGGCAGAGACUCACCAGCAGCAAGUGGCCCCUGCGGACAACUUGGGCCCAUGCCUGGCCCAUCCGCAGCGUCACCUGGCACCCGGCCCACACUCAAAGACUUGACGGCCACUCUGCGGAGGGCAAAGUCUUUUACCUGCUCUGAGAAGCCUGUGGCCCGCCGCCUAUCCCGCACCAGUGCCCUGAAGCCCAGCUCCUCGGAGCUCCUGCUGGCAGGCCCAAGUGCCGAGGAGGACCCACUGCCCCUGGUUGUCCAAGAUCAGUAUGUGCAAGAGGCCCGUCAGGUUUUUGAGAAGAUCCAGCGAAUGGGUGCCCAGCAGGAUGAUGGAAGUGAUAUCCCCCCUGGAAGCCCUGACUGGGCGGGAGACAUGACCCAAGGGCAGCGGUCCCAGGAGGAGCUCUCUGGCCCUGAGUCUAGCCUGACAGAUGAGGGCAUUGGGGCAGACCCUGAGCCUCCUGUUUCAGCUUUUUGCAGCCUGGGUACCACAGGGCUGUGGCGACCCCUUUCUUCAUCCUCAGCCCAGACCAACCACCAUGGCCCUGGGGCUGAAGAUAGUCUGGGAGGGUGGGCCCUAGUGUCCCCUGAUACCCCUCCCACACCAGGUGCCCUCCGCCGGAGACGGAAAAUCCCACCUUCAGGCCCUGGUGGGACUGAACUGAGCAAUGGAGAGGCCGGGGAGGCCUACAGGUCUCUGAGUGACCCAAUUCCACAGCGCCACCGGGCUGCCACCUCUGAGGAGCCCUCUGGGUUCUCCGUGGAUAGCAACCUUUUGGGCUCACUGAGCCCCAAGACAGGACUUCCAGCGACCCCACCUGUGGAUGAGGGCUUGACCAGUGGCCACAGUGACUGGUCUGUGGGCAGUGAAGAGAGCAAGGGUUACCAGGAAGUUAUUCAGAGUAUUGUUCAGGGGCCUGGUGCCUUGGGGUGUGUGGCAGAUGACAGGGUUGCUGGCAAAGCCCCCAAGAAGAAAUCUCUGAGUGACCCCAGCCGCCGUGGGGAGCUGGCUGGGCCUGGAUUUGAGGGCCCUGGAGGGGAGCCCAUCCGAGAAGUUGAACCCAUGCUGCCUCCGUCUAGCAGUGAGCCCAUUCUUGCAGAGCGGCAGGCAGAACCAGAAGAGCCCAGUCCUGCCAGGGGCCGGGCGCAGUCUGAAAGGGCCCUACUCAAGACCCCACCUGCCUCCUCCACUGCCCACCGUGACUUCCACCUUGACCCUAAACUGGCUGAUGUUCUGUCCCCACGGCUCAUCCGACGUGGUUCCAAGAAACGCCCAGCCCGGAGCAGUCAUCAGGAACUACAGAGAGAGGAAGGCAAUGAGGACCAGACUAACAGCCUGUCUCGGGCCCGACUGUCCUCCAAACACGUUCGCCACGCGAGUGUGCCCGCCACCUUCACACCUAUUGUGGUACCUGAGCCACCGACUUCCGUUGGCCCCCCUGUGGCUGUGCCAGAGCCCAUGGGCUUCCCUGCCAGAGCCCACUCCACAUUGCAGGCACCAUCACUCGAGGAUGUCACUAAGCAGUAUAUGCUGACCCUCCACCCUGGUGAGGUUCCUGCCCCAGUACCGGUGGAUAUGCCUUGCUUGACCCCUGUUGUACCGCCCUCUGCUGAGGCCAAGUCCCCUGAGGCAGCCAGGGCUCCAGAUGAGCCUGUCCCAGCCAGCAAGUGCUGCAGCAAGCCACAGGUGGACAUGCGGAAGCACGUGACCAUGACCCUGCUGGACACAGAGCAGUCAUACGUGGAGUCGCUGCGAACCCUGAUGCAGGGCUACAUGCAGCCACUAAAGCAGCCAGAGAACUCCUUGCUGUGUGACCCGUCGCUGGUGGACGAGAUCUUCGACCAGAUCCCUGAGCUCCUGGAGCACCAUGAGCAGUUCCUAGAGCAGGUGCGGCACUGUGUGCAGACCUGGCAUGCCCAGCAGAAGGUGGGAGACCUGCUUGUCCAGUCGUUCUCCAAAGACGUCCUGGUCAACAUCUAUUCUGCCUACAUUGAUAACUUUCUCAAUGCAAAGGAUGCCGUGCGUGUGGCCAAGGAGGCGAGGCCUGCCUUUCUCAAGUUCCUGGAGCAAAGCAUGCGUGAGAACAAGGAGAAGCAGGCAUUAUCUGACCUCAUGAUCAAGCCUGUACAGCGGAUCCCACGCUAUGAGCUUCUGGUGAAGGACCUCCUGAAGCACACACCCGAGGACCACCCAGACCACCCGCUCCUGCUGGAUGCUCAGCGGAACAUCAAACAGGUGGCUGAACGCAUCAACAAGGGUGUGCGGAGUGCCGAGGAGGCAGAGCGACAUGCCCGUGUGCUGCAGGAGAUUGAGGCUCACAUCGAGGGCAUGGAGGAUCUCCAAGCCCCUCUGCGGCGGUUCCUAAGGCAGGAGAUGGUCAUUGAAGUGAAGGCAGUUGGUGGCAAGAAGGACCGGUCCCUCUUCCUGUUCACGGACCUCAUUGUCUGCACCACCUUAAAGCGGAAGUCAGGCUCCCUGCGGCGUAGCUCCAUGAGCCUGUACACGGCAGCCAGCGUCAUUGACACGGCCAGCAAGUACAAGCUGCUGUGGAAGCUGCCACUGGAAGAUGCGGACAUAAUCAAAGGGGCAUCCCAAGCCACCAAUCGGGAGAACAUCCAGAAGGCUAUCAGCCGCCUAGACGAGGACCUGACCACUCUGGGCCAGAUGAGCAAGCUUUCUGAGAACCUUGGUUUCCCCCACCAGAGCCUGGACGAAGCGCUGCGGGACCUUUCAGCUGCCAUGCACCGGGACCUGUCAGAGAAGCAGGCGCUGUGCUACGCGCUUUCCUUCCCCCCUACCAAGCUGGAGCUGUGUACCACGAGGCCUGAGGGCACUGACUCCUUCAUCUUCGAGUUCCCCCACCCUGAUGCCCGCCUCGGCUUUGAGCAGGUGUUUGAUGAAGCCAAGAGGAAGCUGGCAUCCAGCAAAAGCUGUCUAGACCCUGAGUUCCUGAAGGCCAUCCCCAUCAUGAAAACCCGCAGUGGCAUGCAGUUCUCGUGUGCAGCUCCGACCCUGAGCAGCUGUCCCGAGCCCAUGCCCGAAGUGUGGGUGUGCAACAGCGAUGGCUACGUGGGCCAGGUAUGCCUGCUGAGCCUGCGUGCUGAGCCCGACGUGGAGGCUUGCAUCGCUGUCUGCUCCGCCCGCAUCCUCUGCAUUGGGGCGGUGCCUGGCCUGCAGCGCCGCAGCCACAGGGACCAGCCUGCCUCACUGAGGAGUCCCCCAGAGACGGCACUGGAGACCCCCGGUCCAGAACUGGACGUUGAGGCUGCGGACGAAGAAGCAGCGACGCUGGCAGAGCCAGGGCCCCAGCCCUGCCUGCACAUCUCCAUUGCAGGUUCGGGGCUGGAGAUGGCACCAGGCCCCGCCGAAGGGGACACUCGCCCAGAAUUGGUGCCCUUUGACAGCGACUCUGAUGAUGAGUCUUCGCCCAGCCCCUCGGGAACCCUGCAGAGCCAAGCCAGCCGGUCCACUAUCUCCUCUAGCUUUGGCAAUGAGGAGACCCCAAGCUCCAAGGAGGCCACGGCAGAGACGACCAGUUCAGAGGAAGAGCAGGAGCCUGGCUUCCUGCCACUGUCUGGCUCCUUUGGACCUGGCGGUCCCUGCAGUACCAGCCCAAUGGAUGGGAGAGCCCUUCGCCGCUCCAGCCGUGGCUCCUUUACCCGGGGCAGCCUUGAGGACCUGCUGAGCGUUGACCCUGAGGCCUACCAGAGCUCUGUGUGGCUGGGCACUGAGGAUGGCUGUGUCCACGUGUACCAGUCCUCCGACAGCAUCCGUGAUCGCAGGAACAGCAUGAAGCUUCAGCAUGCGGCCUCUGUGACCUGCAUCCUGUAUCUGAAUAACCAGGUGUUUGUGUCUCUGGCCAAUGGAGAACUUGUGGUCUACCAAAGAGAAGCAGGCCAUUUCUGGGACCCCCAGAACUUCAAGUCAGUGACCCUGGGUUCUCAGGGGAGCCCCAUCACCAAGAUGGUGUCUGUGGGUGGGCGUCUGUGGUGUGGCUGCCAGAACCGAAUCCUUGUCCUGAGCCCUGACACACUGCAGCUGGAGCACACAUUCUAUGUGGGGCAGGAUUCCAGCCGCAGCGUGGCUUGUAUGGUGGACUCCAGCCUGGGUGUGUGGGUGACAUUGAAGGGUAGUGCCCACGUGUGUCUCUACCAUCCAGACACCUUUGAGCAGCUGGCAGAGGUAGACGUCACACCUCCCGUGCACAGGAUGCUGGCAGGCUCGGACGCCAUCAUCCGGCAGCACAAGGCUGCCUGCCUGAGGAUCACAGCGCUGUUGGUGUGUGAAGAGCUGCUGUGGGUGGGCACCAGUGCCGGCGUCGUGCUCACCAUGCCCACCUCGCCCAGUACCGUCAGCUGCCCGCGAGCACCCCUUAGCCCCGCUGGCCUAGGCCAGGGACACACCGGCCACGUCCGCUUCUUGGCUGCAGUCCAGCUGCCAGACGGCUUCAACCUGCUCUGCUCAACCCCACCACCUCCCCCAGACACGGGCCCUGAGAAGCUUCCAUCCCUGGAGCACCGGGACUCCCCUCGGCACCGAGGACCUGCCUCAGCCAGGCCUAAAAUGCUGGUUAUCAGUGGAGGUGACGGCUAUGAGGACUUCCGACUCAGCAGUGGGGGUGGUGGCAGCAGCGAGACUGUGGGCCGAGAUGAUAGCACAAACCACCUCCUCCUAUGGAGGGUGUGACCCUGUCCACUGUGGCCCAGGACUUGGCCCGCCCACUUGCCCUCAACCUGCUUGCCUCUUCCUAGCCCACAUGCAGACUCUGACUGGGAGUGUCCCACCAGGGGCUCACCUGUGACUGUGUGGGCUCCCUCCUAUCCCUGAGGAAGUAUUACUGAUGGAACACCUGCUGGCCAGUGGGCCAAGGCCUUUCCCAACCCUCUGGCUGCUGCGGUGUUCCCAGUCACGAUUGGGGUGGGGUAGGGGGCACGUGGGCUGCCCAGGACCUCUGUCCCUGGAGCUUCUACCAAAGACACAGCCGGGCCUGGACCCCAUGGGGCUAGGGAGGGCCAUGUGCAAUAUUUGGAGGGUUUUCUGGGGACAGUGGGAGGGCUGGGGCAGAAUCCUUUCCCAUGUACAGUAUUUAUGUUCCUUUUUAGAUGUGUACCUUCCCAAGCACUUAUUUAUGCAAUGACCUGGGCAGGGGGUGAUUUGAAGAAAUAACAGAAGGGAAAAAAACCCUAUAUCUGCUCUGGGGGCCACCUAGGACCCUAAGCAAGCCUUCCUGGAAGGACCAAUCCCCCCACCAUUACAUACUUGCACGCAUGUGUGCACACACAGACACACACACACACUGCAUGUUCAGGGCACUAAAACAUUGCCUCUUCACAUAUACUUUCCACGGCCUUGUCCUGAUUGGGCUGCCCUCCGGUAUCCAGAGCCAAGGACCAAGUACCCUCAGUCGUCCAGAACAAGAUGAUGACUGCUGGGGGCAGUGACUCCCAUCUGGGGGCCUCCCCAGGCCUUGGUAUUUCCUAACUUCUUGGCAGUGCCUUUAGUCAUUUCCAAAUUUGGUAACACUGAUGGGGACUUGGGCAAGGCUCUCUCCUGGCCUGAGCAGGGAAGAGGAAAGGGCCCCUGCUCUCCAUAAAGUUGCCUCCCCAGCCCCUGUGUCUCAUGCACUGGCAGUAUGGUCACCUUAGGAGUGUGGGCCUAAGAGCCCCUUCACUCUGACCACUGAGUCCCUCUCUUCACACCCUUCCUGCCAGGGCAGCCCCUCCAGGAAGAAUGCCCAGAGCUGAGGGGCUGGACAUGGCCUCUUUAACUGGGAACCACUUGAGGGCAGCCUCUUCUCUGCCCCCUGGACUGCAGGAGCCAGUCUGACCCCCAGCCCCCUUGCUUCUUCAGCUACAGCUCCAAAGGUCUGGUUUCAGAUGGGGUUUGUUUGGUUCUGUUUUUGUUUGGGGUGCGUGGGUCAUUGCGGUCUUAGAUUAUGUUUCUCUUGCUACCAAACAGUCAUGUAUUAACUUUCCUUGGAUGAUGAAUUUUAAAGAGUCAAUAAAUAGAAACACCAAAUGAUUGCUCCCCAUCAGUGGCAUAGUGGCCUCCAGCCAGCAACCUCGGGGCUCCCCAUCUGAUGGACCUCCCAACACCUGCUCACUUGAGCAGAAGGGAGGGCUUGGAGACCCAGAAGGAUGCUGGGAUGAGAAGGCUGCCACUUGCUGUGUUAUCCUAGGCAAGUCAUUGCCCCUGUGGGGGCUAUAGUUCUUUCAUCAGGAAAACAAGGGCUUAUGCCAGUUCACUGCUUUGUAACCAGGGCUACGUGUCAGAAUCCCUUACAGGCCACAUGUGUAAACAGGAAGUGUGAUACAUAAUUGUCCAUGUAAGUAUACAUUCCCAGGCUCCCUACAGCUUCUCAGUCAUUGGAUCUGGGAUGAGGCUUGGGAAUCUGAAGCUGACCCAGGCAGUAAGUAAAAAAUUAGGCGACCAGGGAGCCUAUACAGCUCCUCCAGGAAACGGUGUUCUUUGCAGCAAAGCCUCAUGUGAGGCUGGGGAUUCUGACAGAAGCUAAGGUGAUUUCAGGUUUUAGAGCAAGGGUAGAAUCCAAGUCUGUCUGAUUUCUGGUCCAAAACAGUAUGUCAUUAAAGUAGACAUAAAAUGCAGGGGCGCCUGGGUGGCUCAGUCAGUUGAACGUCUGGCUUUGGCUCAGGUCAUGAUCUCACGGAUUGAGAGUUUGAGCCCAGUGUCAGAGUUGCUGCUGUCAGCAUGGAUCCUGCUUUGGAUCCUCUGUCCCCUCUCUCUCUGCCCCUCCUCCACUGGUGCUAUCUCGAAAGAAAGAAAGAAAGAAAGGAAGGAAGAAAGAAAAAGAAAGGAAAGAAAGAAAAAGAGAGGGAGAGAAAGAAAGAAAGAAAGAAAAGAAAAGAGAAAAGAGAAAAGAAAAGAAAAGAAGAAAGAAAAAGAGAAAAAGAAUACAGAGGCCAAACCCAUGGGGCCGGCCAGUCCACGCAGGGCUGAUCUCUUCCCACCAGGGUACACCCACGGGGCUGAAGAUGACGACCACUUGAGAAGGGCAGAGCAUGCCCCAGCUCUGCUGAACUCGUUGGAACAUUUUCCCACCUAAGUGAUUAACACUUUACACAUACCAUUUGCUGAAGGGGGAAUGCAGGUUCAUGCUUUGCAAACUGGUAUACACAUAUCUUGGGUCUGCUGGGCCCUCAAGGCCACAGGACACGCAUGGAACACCUCCCUGCAGCAUCACUUCACUUGGAAGAUCUGGGAAGGAGGGGAUUAUAUUAAACACACAUAUUCCAGGGUAAAAGGCAACGUUUGUGUGGAAUUCAUGGUGCAACAAAGCAGAAAGAACACAGACUUUGAAGCUGGACAGAAAUCUUGACUUUACCACUAACUAGCUAUGUGACUUUGAAUGACUUGUAUCCCCUGUGAGCCUUCAUUUCCUCAUUUGUAAAAUGGGGCCAUUAAUCCUUUCCCCCACAAAGAAGAGAUUUGUUCUGCCCUGAAAUAAAAGGGGGGGUAGUUAAUGGAAAGGGGAACUGGCAGUAAAUAGUUUUCAUCACAGUGGCCCACAUUUUGGCACUCCAUCUCUGGACACUUGGCCUCUUCACCUUGAGACUCUGGUUCCUCCCUUGCUGCCAGAUGGCUGCUGUUCUCACUGCUUCACAGCUUCUGUGGCCUUGGGGCCUCUUCACCUCAACAUAGGGGUCCUGGUCAGACUUCAGUUCUGGCAUUGGAUACCCAAGGCCGGAUUCUCAGCAUGUUCCCAGCUCAAGUACCUUAGUAGGACUGGGCCAGGCCCAGCCCACUGUUACCGAGGAGGCCACAUCCCAGGGCAUUGGUCAGCCUGUGGACAGGUGUUUAUGCCUGAGCCAGUCAGCUGUGGGGAGGGAGGUCCUGGGAUGAAUAGUUAUCAGGCCCCAGGCCCAGGGGAGGGUCCUAGAAGAAUUGGCUCCUCUAAAGCAGUAGUUCUCAACCUUGGCUGCACAUUAUAAUCACCUGAGGGGCCCGGCCCAUAUCCCAAGCCAAUUAAGUCAGAAUUCUGAGUGUAGGACCCAGGUAUCAGUAUUUUCCAAGGGAACUGGAUUGAAGUCUAAUGUUUGUACAAAGAAGUACACAGUUGUUAGUGUGUGGCUUGAUGAAUUUCAUAAUGUAAAUACACCCGGAUCAAAAAGCCGAGUAUUUGUCAGCCUGAAAACUCCCCAAAUGUCCCCUCUGAGUCUAUCCUCCAAGAGUAACUGUCUUAGGACACCAUGUUUUAAUUUCGCCAGCUGAGGUGGAGAACCAGUACUUUAAAGGGUAUGGCCAUGGCUGGCCAUUGGGGUCGGAAGAAGUGGGGCUUAGGUUUGGUAUGAAGAGAGCACAGCUUGAGGCAAGGCAAGCAGGGGAGGGGGGCCAGCUGGAGUGAGGAGUCCAUGGUGUAGGCCCAGCUGGGGGAGAGGAAGAGGUAGGGGAAGCCAGAACAUGAGCUCUAUGAAAGGGGACUUCAUUUUGGUUUUUUGCUCCAUCCCUAGGCUGCCUGCAGUACCUGACACGUAGUAGAUGCUCAAUAAAUAUUUGUUGAAUUAAAUCUGGAGAAUUCUGUUAGGGUCUCCUUUUAGGUCUUAAAUAUCACAAAACAAUAACCCCAGCUCCCAGUUAUUGUUUGCUACAAGUCAGGAGCAUGGACCAUCUCAAUCCUCAGAAUG